CAGCGUUGUGGGGGUGGGGGGGGGAGCUAGGGAUUUGACAUUUGCAUUCCCAGCGUGCAUUUAUAUAAAUGUUGCAAAUAAUCUCUUGCAUUUGGAGUAAAGCAGGAGAUAUUGCCCCCCCUGUCCCACUUGGCGUUAUUUGCGCGACCUCGUCGAGACGCACGGGUAGCGUGUGGGCCGCGCGUAGAGAAGAGCAGAGGGGGUGUGCGGGUCUAUUUAAGGACAUUCUUGCUAUUGAGGGAGGUUAAUACCCGGGAUGGCGGGGCUGUCAUACGCUGAGAGAAUGGAGCGGCUGGGCUUGUACACUCAGGGACACUUGGGAAUCUCAAGCCAACGCUGAUCUCCUGCUGGUCCGUUAACACUCUCUUGUUCCCGCCUGUUGCAGAGAAAAUGCUCUCCCAAUACUGCGUCUCGCUGGCCAGCAUACAGAAGGCUCAGAGUGUGAUCGGUGCCCUUGUCCACCUCACCCCCGUCCUCACCAGCUCCACACUGGACCGGCAGGCGGAGCGACAGAUCUUCCUGAAGUGCGAGCUCUUCCAGAAAACGGGAUCGUUUAAGAUCCGAGGUGCCCUGAACGCCGUGUCCAGCCUGGUUGAGAGGGGGCGGGAAGGCAGCGAGCUCCGAGCUGUGGUGACCCACAGCAGCGGCAACCAUGGCCAGGCGCUGGCCCUUGCUGCUCGACUGCAAGGCGUUCCCUCCUACGUGGUCGUCCCGCGGACUGCGCCGGCCUGCAAGAAGGCCGCCAUGGUGGGCUACGGGGCCAUCCUCGUGGAGUGUGAGCCCAGCGACCAGUCUAGGGAAGAGGCCGCAUCCCGAACAGUGGCCGAGACGCAAGGAAUCCUCGUUCAUCCCAACCAAGACCCUCUGGUGAUCGCUGGGCAGGGUACCAUUGGAUUGGAGAUAUUACAGCAGGUAGCGGAAGGCAAUGGAUUCAGUUGCGGAGAACAUCAGUGGCGCCGCGGAGACAUCGGGUUUCGAUCCUGACCUCGGGUGCUGUCCGUGCGGAGUUUGCACGUUCUCCCCGUGACCGCAUGGGUAACUCAGCGGGUCAGGCAGCAUCGCUGGAGUAAAAAGGAUGGAUGACGUUUCGGGCCGGGACCCUUCUCAAUCUAAAGAGGGGUCUUUAUCUGAAACAUCACCUGCCCAUGUUCUCCACAGAUGCUGCCUGGCCCGCUGAGUUACUCCAGCACUCUGUGAAAUGUCACCUAUCCGUGUUCUCCACAGAUGCUGCCUGACCCGCUGAGUUACUCCAGCACUCUGUGAAACGUCACCUAUCCGUGUUCUCCACAGAUGCUGCCUGACCCGCUGAGUUACUCCAGCACUCUGUGAAACGUCACCUAUCCAUGCUAUAUUUAAGAGGGAGUUAGAUGUGGCCCUUGUGGCUAAAGGGAUCAGGGGGUAUGGAGAGAAGGCAGGUACAGGAUACUGAGUUGGAUGAUCAGCCAUGAUCAUAUUGAAUGGCAGUGCAGGCUCGAAGGGCCGAAUGGCCUACUCCUGCACCUAUUUUCUAUGUUUCUCCACAGAUGAUGCCUGACCCGCUGAGUUAUUCCAGCACUCUGUGAAAUGUCAGCUAUCCAUGUUCUCCACAGAUGCUGCCUGACCCGCUGAGUUACUCCAGCACUCCGUGAAACGUCACC